CUCACUUUCCUUUCAAAUCCAGAUCUGCUCCAACAAUGCAGCUCCGUCCGGCAACCUCCGCCGGCGCGUUGGUCCUCUCCGUCUUCCUCCUCUUCUCCUUCGCCCACGCGCACAACAUCACGCACCUGCUGGCCAAGCACCCGGAGUUCUCCACCUUCAACCGCUACCUGAGCCUGACCCACCUGGCCGCCGACAUCAACGACCGCACCACCAUCACCGUCUGCGCCGUCGACAACUCCGCCAUGUCGGCCCUCCUCGCCAAGCACCUCUCCAUCUACUCCAUCAAGAACAUCCUCUCCCUCCACGUCCUCCUCGACUACUUUGGCGCCAAGAAGCUCCACCAGAUCACCAACGGCACCGCCCUCGCCGCCACCAUGUUCCAGGCCACCGGCUCCGCCCCCGGCUCCUCCGGCUUCGUCAACAUCACCGACCUCAAGGGCGGAAAGGUCGGUUUUACCCCCGAGGACAACGACGGCUCCUUCGCCGCGCACUUCGUCAAGUCCGUCGAGGAGCUCCCUUACAACAUCUCCGUCAUCCACAUCAGCGCCGUCCUCCCCUCGCCCGCCGCCGAGGCUCCCACUCCCGGCCCCGCCGAGGUCAACCUCACCGGAAUCAUGUCCGCCCACGGCUGCAAGGUCUUCGCCGAGACGCUCCUCGCCAACCCCGACGCGUCCAAGACCUACGACGAUGCCGUCGACGGCGGAAUGACCGUGUUCUGCCCGGGCGACGACGCGUUCAAGGCGUUCCUGCCGAAAUACAAGAACCUCUCGGCUCCCGGAAAAGCUGCAUUGCUCGAGUACCACGCCGUUCCGGUGUACCAGUCCAUGUCGAUGUUGAAGUCCAACAAUGGGCUGAUGAACACUUUGGCCACCAACGGAGCGGAGAAGUACGACUUCACCGUCCAAAACGACGGUCAGGCCGUCACACUUAAGAACAAGCUAGUGACGGCCAAGAUCACCGGCACGCUUAUCGACGAGCAGCCCCUUGCUAUAUACACUAUAAACAAGGUUUUGACGCCCAAGGAGCUCUAUAAGGGGGAAGCUCCAACUCCGGCGCCGGCUCCAGCACCAGAGAAAUCCGCCGCAGACGCGCCUAAGAGUUCUGAUGAAGCUACUUCCCCGGACGCAGAUUCGCCGGCUGACUCGCCGGACGACGACCCGGCUGAUCAGACUGCCGAUGACAAUGGAGCCGUUGCGUUGGGAAGAGUGGGGUUCGGGGGUCUGAUUCUCAGUGUGUGCAUUGGGUUUUCACUAUUGUAAGUUUCUUUUUUACUUACUGGGAAAUUAAUAAGAUCAAUUUUUCAUUUCUUUCAAUUGUUUGGUGUGUGUCGGGGUGUGAUUUUUAGUUUUGUUUGAUCUGGUGGGGGAGUUUGUAAGGUUUUUGAUUUUGGUUUGUCGGUGUAUGUUUGGCUGGAACUUGUUGGUAGAUUUUCUUUUUUCUUUUAAAUUAUACUUGGAGAUUUUCACUCUAUCAUCAUAUAAAUUGCUGCAUCGAGUCAUUUUUGUUCAUAUCAUAUCCAUGAAAUAGACUGAUUUUCCUUU